CUAGGUGAGCUGUUGGUCAAACAAGAGCUCUAACUCAACUGACCAGCCAAAGCUUGUGCCUAUUUAAUAUUAAUAACGAAAAUCUUCUACAAGGACCGACAACUUCUGAACACAAAAGUCAACUGCAACUGUGUGAAAAUCCAGAGCUUUUGUAUUUUUAAAAAAAUGUCAAAAGUAAAGUUGAACACAGUGACUAUGGUGGUAACACUGCUCCUGUUAGCAGAGACAUGCGCUCAGAUUUCAAAGAAGAAAUCGACAUCUUCAAAGCCUGUCAGGGCUCAGUGCUGCGAUGAUGUGCGCGCUCUUAAAGUUCAGGUGGCCAAUAUGACCAGUCUCCUCGAGGAGCUGAGUCGCAAGCAGGACACAGACUUGAAAAACGUUGCGAGGCAAAUAAUGGAGCUGGACAAGCAGAGCCAGCAGCAAGACGCCCGUGUCACCGAAGCAGAGAGCAAAUACUCAGAGAUCAACAAUCGUGUGGAGAUCAUGCAGCUACAAACGGUACAGUCUGCUCCCAAGACUUCAUCAGAAGCUCUAUAUGACUGUGCAUCACUCUAUAAUAAGAACUACAGGAUCUCUGGCGAGUACAAACUACCUAAAGAUGAGUUUCUGGGUGUACCUGAGCUUUCUGUGUUCUGCGAUAUGAAGACAAAUGGAGGUGGAUGGACUCUCAUCCAAAGGCGCAAAAUCGGCAUUGUAUCAUUCAACCGUGACUGGAAGCAGUACAAAAAUGGAUUUGGAUCUGUCCGCGGAGACUUCUGGCUAGGCAAUGACCACAUCUUCCGUCUAGCAAGGCAGCCCAGUGUGCUCAGGAUUGAGCUGGAGGACUGGGAAGGAGAGACACGCUAUGCUCAGUAUGGAUUUUUCACUUUGGGUAAUGAACUCAACAGCUACAAGCUCUUUAUUGCCAACUACAGUGGGAAUGCUGGAGACUCCCUGCACUACCACAACAACACCAACUUCAGCACCAACAACCAGGACAACGACAAAUGUCUGGAUCACUGUGCUUCCCUGCGCAAAGGUGGGUAUUGGUACAACUGCUGCACUGACUCAAACCUGAAUGGUGUUUUUUACCGCCACGGUGAACACACAAAGAACUUAGAUGGGAUCACCUGGUACAAAUGGCAUGGAUCCCUCUACUCCCUCAAGAGAGUGGAGAUGAAGAUCCGGCCAGCAGGUUUUCACUCUUAAGUGCUUCAACCGCAUGUCCUGGAUCACGAGCACACGCUUGAAUGGUGAGAGAGCUGUUACCUGUCCAACUAAACUGCGAAAGGAAUGAAAAUGCUGUUUGUGAUGGUAUGGUUAAGUUUCUGUCAGAUGA